AUGUGCCCAUUGGCCAACUUGCUUCAUCAUCCGGUAUUGUGCAUUUGCAGUGGGAUGCCGAUCAUGUUGAAUCUGUCCCGCCGGCAGAUCAUGCCGCAGCGCUCGAGACGGACCAUGGUGGAAUGUCUCGUUGUCCUAGUAUUUUGCAAUGCCCUUCUUUUCGUUCCCUUGUUGUCUGGGCUGAUCCGCAACUGGGUGUGCUGCAAGAUGCUAUCAUUGCUGCCCUCCCACAUGGUGAGCACACUGGAUACUUCUUUGUGCAUGGAUGCCGUAUUCUCAGCAAUGAUCAGCCUUUGCUUGAAUACAACAUCAGCUCCUAUAGCACUGUACGUAUCUGUGUUCGGCUGA